UACCUUUUUUCCAACUGUUGAGCUAAUGGUGACAGGGACAGUAAUGGAACUUUAUGGUCCUCAUACAUGAUUUUCUCCUCUUCUCUCUUUAACCUUCCUUAUCUCUCAAGCGAGUCCUUUUUCUUAUUCUUCUCCAUUGUUGUGUCUUCCUAUAAAUACAAUCCAUCUCUGCUUUCUCCUUUGAAGCAAAGCCCAGAAAUGGCAACGACCAAAGCCGAAGGCAAGAGGAGGCUAAUGGCGGAUGAAGAAGAAGAUAGCACCACAGGAGAAGACGAAAAGAAGAAGAGAGGCAAGAGAGGAUACUCCGGUGGGUCAACCCUAUCCGGCUGCCAGGUCCAAGACUGCACCGCCGACAUGACAGACGCGAAGCCGUACCAUCGACGACAUAAGGUGUGCGAGUUCCAUGCCAAGGCUCCCGUGGUUCGAAUUGCUGGGAUCCAUCAACGCUUUUGCCAACAAUGUAGCAGGUUUCAUAAAAUAUCGGAGUUCGACAAAACAAAAAGGAGUUGUCGAAGGCGUUUGGCCGGGCACAAUGAACGACGCCGGAAAAUCUCAUCGGAAUAUCAUGGAGAAGGUUCAAAUUAUUAAACUUAUGGCCCACCCUCGAAUUUACCAUGAAACCCAUACAUAGGAAUGCCUUUUCCAAUGCUCAUCUAGAAGUAAAUUUUAGAUGUAAAACUAUAUGGUUUGUGAGCAUGCUCUCUCUCUUCUGUCGAUCUUAAUUACGCACCUUUUUCUUGCU